CGCGCAGCGGCGGCGGCGGCCACGGCCCCGCCGCCCCCCGGUCGGUCCCGGCACCGGCUGCACCAUGCGGAGCGCCCGGGCGCUGCUGCUCGCCCUCGCCCUGCGGGUCUACGCGCUGGACACCGAGACGCCCGCCGCUGGCUGCACCUUUGAGGAGGACAGUGAGCCCAACCAGUGUGAGUACAGCCAGAGUGAGGACGAUGACUUCGACUGGGAGCUCCUGCGCAGUUACCUGAUGCCUCACCUGGUGCCUGACCUGCCUCACGGCUCCUACCUGAUGGUGAACUCCUCUCAGCACACCCCGGGCCAGAAAGCUCACCUGCUCUUCCAGGCACUGAGUGAGAAUGACACCCACUGCCUUCAGUUCAGCUACUUCAUGUUCAGCCGGGAUGGGCACAGCCCUGGCACCCUCAGCGCCUACGUCUGGGUCACCGGGGGCCUGCUGGGCAGCGCCGUCUGGAACGCGUCCGGCUCGCACGGCCGCCAGUGGCACCAGGCAGAGCUGGCAGUCAGCCUGUUCUGGCCCAGUGAGUACCAGGUGCUCUUCGAGGCAGUGGUUUCCAGCGAGCGCAGGGGGUACCUGGGCCUGGAUGACAUUUUGCUCCUGAAUUAUCCAUGCUCGAAAGCGCCUCAUUUCUCCCGCCUGGGUGAUGUGGAGGUGAAUGCGGGACAAAACGCCACCUUCCAGUGCGUGGCCGCUGGCAAGGCUGCCGAGGCCGAGCGCUUCCUCAUGCAGAGGCAGAGCGGCGAGGUGGUCCCUGCUGCCUCGGUGAAGCACAUCAGCCACCGGCGCUUCCUGGCCACGUUCCAGCUGGAGGCGGUGUCCAAGGCGGAGCAGGACCUGUACCGCUGCGUCACCCAGUCCGCCCGCGGCGCCGGCGUCUCCAACUGCGCCGAGCUCAUCGUCAAAGAGCCCCCCACCCCCAUUGCCCCCCCCCAGCUGCUCCGGGCCGGCUCCACCUACCUCAUCAUCCAGCUCAACACCAACUCCAUCAUCGGGGACGGCCCCAUCGUGCGCAAGGAGAUCGAGUACCGCAUGACCUCGGGGCCCUGGUCUGAGGUCCACGCUGUCAACAUGCAGACCUACAAGCUCUGGCACCUGGACCCCGACACGGAGUAUGAGAUCAGCGUCCUGCUCACCCGGCCCGGUGAGGGGGGCACUGGCAAACCGGGGCCACCCCUCAUCAGCCGCACCAAGUGCGCAGAGCCCAUGCGAGCCCCCAAAGGCCUGGCUUUCUCUGAAAUCCAGUCCAGACAGCUGACGUUGCAGUGGGAGCCGCUGGGCUACAACCUGACCCGCUGCCACACCUACACCAUGUCCCUGUGCUACCGCUACUUCGUGGGCAGUGGCCACAACCAGACCUUCCAGGAGUGUGUGAAAAUGGAGCGGAACGCCAACCGCUACACCAUCAAAAAUCUGCUGCCCUACAGGAACAUCCACGUCAAGCUCAUCCUCUCCAACCCUGAGGGGCGCAAGGAGGGCAAGGAGGUGAUAUUCCAGACAGAUGAGGAUGUGCCUGGCGGCAUUGCCUCUGAGUCCCUCACCUUCACCCCACUGGAGGACAUGAUUUUCCUGAAGUGGGAGGAACCAGUGGAGCCCAAUGGCCUCAUCACACAGUACGAGAUCAGCUACCAGAGCAUUGAGUCCUCAGACCCCGCGGUGAAUGUGCCGGGCCCGCGGCGCACGGUGUCCAAGCUGCGCAACGAGACCUACCACGUGUUCUCCAACCUGCACCCCGGCACCACCUACCUGUUCUCAGUGCGCGCCCGCACUGGCAAGGGCUUCGGCCAGACAGCUCUCACCGAGAUCACCACCAACAUCUCCGCUCCCACCUUUGACUACGGGGACAUGCCAUCACCACUGAGCGAGUCAGAGAGCACCAUCACGGUGCUACUGCGGCCGGCACAGGGCAGAGGGGCUCCCAUCAGCACCUAUCAGGUCAUUGUGGAGGAGGAGCGGCCCAAGAAGCUGAAGCGGGAGCUGGGGGGGCAGGAGUGCUUCCCGGUGCCGCUCACCUUCGACGAUGCCGUGUCCCGCGGCUCCGUGCACUACUUCGGGGCAGAGCUGCCCGCCAGCAGCCUCACUGAGGCCAAGCCCUUCACCGUGGGGGACAACCAGACCUACAGUGGCUACUGGAACCCGCCUCUGGAGCCCAAGAAGGCCUAUCUCAUCUACUUUCAGGCCAUGAGCAACCUCAAAGGGGAGACUCGGCUGAACUGUGUCCGGAUCGCUCGCAAAGCUGCCUGCAAAGAGAGCAAGCGUCCCCUGGAGGUGUCCCAGCACUCGGAGGAGAUGGGCCUGAUCCUGGGGAUCUGUGCUGGAGGGCUCAUCAUCCUGAUUAUCCUGCUGGGAGCCAUCAUCGUCGCCAUAAGGAAAGGGAAACCUGUGAAUAUGACCAAAGCCACCAUAAACUACCGGCAUGAGAAGACACACAUGAUGAGUGCCAUUGACAGGAGCUUCACCGACCAGAGCACCCUGCAGGAGGACGAGCGCUUGGGGCUGUCCUUCAUGGACACCCACGGCUACGGGAACAGAGGUGACCAGCGCAGCAGUGUGGUGAACGAGUCCAGCAGCCUGCUGGGGGGCUCCCCGCGGCGGCAGUGCGGCCGCAAGGGCUCCCCGUACCACACGGGGCAGCUGCACCCGGCCGUGCGCGUGGCCGACCUCCUGCAGCACAUCAACCAGAUGAAAACGGCUGAGGGCUACGGCUUCAAGCAGGAGUAUGAGAGUUUCUUUGAAGGCUGGGAUGCUUCAAAGAAGAAAGACAAGACCAAAGGGAGACAGGAUCAUGUGUCCACAUAUGACCGUCACCGUGUGAAGCUGCACCCACUGCUGGGGGACCCCAACUCCGACUACAUCAAUGCCAACUACAUCGACGGCUACCACAGGUCCAACCACUUCAUAGCCACACAAGGGCCCAAGCAGGAGAUGGUGUACGACUUCUGGCGCAUGGUGUGGCAGGAGCACUGUUCCAGCAUCGUGAUGAUCACCAAGCUGGUGGAGGUGGGCCGGGUGAAAUGCUCCAAGUACUGGCCGGAUGACUCCGAGAUGUACGGGGACAUCAAGAUCACGCUGGUGGAGUCCGAGACGUUGGCUGAGUACGCUGUGCGCACCUUCGCCCUGGAGAGGCGGGGUUACUCAGCCCGGCACGAGGUGAAGCAGUUCCACUUCAUGUCGUGGCCUGAGCAUGGUGUCCCCUACCACGCCACAGGGCUGCUGGCCUUCAUCCGCAGGGUGAAGGCGUCCACGCCGCCCGACGCCGGCCCCGUCGUCAUCCACUGCAGUGCUGGCACGGGGAGGACUGGCUGUUACAUCGUGCUGGAUGUGAUGUUGGAUAUGGCCGAGUGCGAGGGUGUCGUGGACAUCUACAACUGUGUGAAGACCCUCUGCUCACGGAGGAUCAACAUGAUCCAGACAGAGGAGCAGUACAUCUUCAUCCAUGAUGCCAUCCUGGAGGCCUGUCUGUGUGGGGAGACCAGCAUCCCUGCCAGCGAGUUCAAGCCCACCUACAAGGAGAUGGUGAGGAUAGAGCCGCAGAGCAACUCCUCGCAGCUGCGGGAGGAGUUCCAGACCCUGAACUCGGUGACGCCACACCUGGAUGUGGAGGAGUGCAGCAUCGCGCUGCUGCCCCGCAACCGGGAGCGCAACCGCAGCAUGGACGUGCUGCCACCCGACCGAUGCCUUCCCUUCCUCAUCUCCGUGGAUGGAGACAGCAACAACUACAUCAACGCGGCCUUAACUGAUAGCUACACCAAGAGCGCUGCCUUCAUUGUCACCCUGCACCCGCUGCAGAACACCACCACCGACUUCUGGCGGCUGGUGUACGACUAUGGCUGCACCUCCAUCGUCAUGCUCAACCAGCUCAACCAGUCCAACUCCGCCUGGCCCUGCCUGCAGUACUGGCCUGAGCCGGGGCUGCAGCACUACGGCCCCAUGGAGGUGGAAUACAUCUCGGGAGUGGCGGAUGAGGACAUCGUGUCCCGGCUCUUCCGAGUGCAGAACAUCACACGGUUGCAGGAGGGGCACCUGAUGGUCCGGCAUUUCCAGUACCUGCGCUGGUCAGCCUAUCGAGACACCCCGGACUCCAAGAAGUCCUUCCUGCACCUCCUGGCCCAGGUGGAGAGGUGGCAGAAGGAAAGUGGUGAUGGCAGGACUGUGGUGCACUGCUUGAACGGAGGUGGCCGGAGUGGCACCUUCUGUGCCUCCACCAUGAUCCUGGAGAUGAUCAAGUGUCACAACAUGGCAGAUGUUUUCUUUGCUGCCAAGACCCUCCGCAACUACAAACCAAAUAUGGUGGAGACCUUGGAGCAGUACCAUUUCUGCUACGACAUAGCACUGGAAUACCUGGAGUCCCUGGAGACCAGAUAGCACCUGGCCACGAGAGGGGCACAAGGGCUCGUGCAGGGCCGUGCCAGCCACGCUUCGCAGCUGGGCACUGUGUCCCUGCUCGGGGUGGGCAGGGAAACAGCAAAGGACCCACCAGGAAACUUGGGAUCCAGGAAACAAAAGGACACGGAGAUGUGUUGGCCACUCUCCACCUUCAUCCUCCGCUCUCCAUCUUCCCUCCCUGCCCUGGGCGUGUCCCAGUGGGUGGAUCCCACAGCUCAGCCGGUUCCUUGGAAUCACAGCCUGGGGUUGGUGCUGCUGGGUCUCUGCAGCUGCCGGAGAGGAGGCCAGGGAGGGGAGGAAGAGGAGGCCACGAGGAGCUGAGGCUGUUUCCCGUCAGAGAAGGAUGGACACUGGGAGAUGUUGCUCUUUUAUGUGUAGAAUUGAAGCUGCUCCUCGCGGAGCCCGGAGGCUGCCGGGGGUUUUCCCUCAAUGGGGCUCACUCUGAGCCAGAGCAAAGGCCCCCCAGGAGCUCCUGAGUUUCUGCCCCUUGGCACCAUGAGUUUUGAUCCUCUUUUAGUUCUGUGAGUCCUGACCCUUUGUGCAUCCAGCCCUGAAUGGACAGGGAUGAGGGAUGAGGGGCACUGGCCAUGCAAUGUCCCUCUGCAGGGACUGACGUGGACCCUCCCGGUGCUUUUGCAAAGUGUUGGAGGGGAUGGUUCCCCAGCAUCUCCACACCUUCUCCUCCAUCUGUAGCAGUGAGUUCUUCCUGAUGUCCCACUGGCCCAUUGGUCUGUUUUUAACCCUGCCUUUGUGCAUCACUGCAUUUGAAGCAAAAUCCUCAAAAUUCGGAUCCAUCCCAAAUACAUCCUGGAUGCCACCCCUGGGCAGUUGCUGGGCCUGGUGGGGCAGGAGGAUCGAUUUUGGGGUGGUGUUGGCUUGGGCUGAGCUGUGCCAAAGCCAUGGCCCUGUGUUGGGGCUGGACGGGGGAAGGUCCCCACACUCCUGUGCCACCGGGGCUGGUGGCUGAAGGUACCUGAGGUGUUUUAGCUCCAUCCUGCUGCAGGCGGGUGUGAAAUGGCACUUUUUCCAUCUGAUGUUGUGGUAAUUCCAGAGAUUCUGCCCUCAGCCUGGUUGUAAUAAAAUGAAUGGCCCUGGGAAGGUGCAUCCGGAGGGAUUCAGGUCUGGGAACUGAGGGGAGGUUGGUUGUGUCCUGAGGGCCAGGCUGAACCCUUCACCAUCACUUUUGGGGGGGAUGGAGAGCAAGGUGAGAAACUUCUCCAGAUGCUGGAGGUUUCAUGUGGGCAGCCCUGUCCUUCAUCCAUCUGCCCCCUUCACCGCCCAUCUGUGUUCCCCCCCAUCCUCCCGCCAUGCCUCCCCAGGGCAGGGGCAGCUUCCCUGCCCUGCCUGCCUGGGGCUGCCAAGCAUUGCCCAGGGAAUUCUCCCCAGGGAAUCAUGAAGGCUGCACAGCUGAAAUGGCUGGAGGAGCAAACCCAGGAGAUGUUUCCAUCCACCUUCCAAGGGUGAAAGAGAGCGGGAAGAGCCAUCCCUGCCCUCUCUGCCCUUGGACAAUGUGCCACUGCUGUGGUGAUGGGGAUUUCAGCACCAUCCCAGACCCUUGGUUCUGCCACCUCCUCCCUGAGGAAUUCACAGUCUGACAAUAAUUUAUUCCAAGGGCUAUAUGACAUCAUUCCUUCCUUCUUUCCAUCCCUGCUGUCUCAUCUGCAGUGUGCCCAUUCUGUCUUGUCACCAAAGAUCUUUUUUACCCCCAAAUGGUCCAGUAACACCAGUACCUGACUACACCAGUACCCACACUGGGAUAAAUUUGUGUCCUUUUCCCAGUCCCCAUCUCUCCAUAGACCUGCCUGUGCUGUCCUAGGGAAGGUGCUGCAUGCCGUGUGCAGAAAUUGUUUGGUUUUGUAUGAAAAUGGCUGAGCUGAGCCUCCAAAAUCCCUGGGAAUGGGAUGGGAUGGGAUGGGAUGGGAUGUUCUGGGGGCUGUCCAGCCCUGGAGCUGGAGGGAUGCUGCUGCCUGGGCCACCCACAUCCUGCCUGUGGUCCAGAGGGAGGGAGCAUCCCACAGGGCUCUGCAGGUAAAGUAGUUCCAGAAAGAGAAAAAGGAGGAGGGGUGAAACCCCACUUAGUCCUGCAGAGACAACAGAGACUGCAGGAGUUGUAUAUAUGUUUUAAAAUCAAGAGUUUUUCCUUUUUAUUUUAUUUUGAUACCUCCUUGCUGGGUGUCUUUGGGUUUUUAGGGCAUCUCUGGUGAAGGGCAGAUUUUGAAAUCCAAGUGCUAUAAAACCCAGCCCAUCUCCAACUCCUACUGACAUGCUCCUCUGACAUGAGGCAAGGACAUCUUGUACAUAGAAAUCUAUAUAUAGAAAUCUAUAUAUAAAAAUAUAAAUACUGUUCUUAAGAUGGAUAAUGUUUAUUGGUAUUACAGAUUGGAGUGGUGCUUUUUUUUUAAAUAAAAACAAAAAAAAAAAAAAAAAAAAAAAAAUUAAAACUCAAGAAAAACACCAAAUUGGAACAAUUUUGUCUAUAUGCAGUCAAAGUGAUCCUAAAAGCUGGCAGCAUCUCAGAGCUGGUGCCAAAGGGACUUGGGACCAUGAGGCAGCUCCACCAUGGAUGAGGAUGGAGCAUUGGGACCGAGGGAGGGAUGUGUCUGAUGUGGAUUGUACCACAUACAUCCAGCUGUUGUUAAUGUUUUUUUAUUAUUUUGUUAUUAUAUUAUUUUUGGCUUUCUUUCCUUUUAAG